GUGUGUGUGUGUGUGUAACACAGAAAGGAGAGGCAGGGGUGUGAGGGGGGAUGAGAAGCAGACAGUAGAGUUGUGUGGCUUUACUUUAGGAAAACACCUUUUGUUUGUUAUUAUCUUGGACACAAAGCAGGAAAAGGACAAACACUUUUUUCUUUUCUCUCUUUUUUUUUUAUAGCAGCUGCUUUUCCUGAGGACACAGUGGAUCUUAUGGAACCUCCUCCAGUCUUAAGGAGUUUAAACAUGGAUGAUGAAUGGGAGGAAGAGGAGCAGCUUGUUCUGGUGGAGCUAUCAGGAAUACUCAACAGUGACUUUCUGUCGAAAUGUCGAGGCCCAUGCAAAAUACUGGAUGUAGACAGCGAGAAGCCCAUGAUGCAGGUUGGACAGCAUGUAUUUGAAGGAGAUUACGAAGAUGCCUUGGGAACUUGUGUGGUUUUUGAAGAGGUACCAAGAAAAGGAAAAACAAACAGCGGUGUAGACCUCAAAUACCUGUGUCACACAAUGAAGAAAUUGACGAUGAAACGAAUCUUUCUCACAGAAAAGAAAGAUGGUGAAACAGCGACAGCAGGGAGUGAUAAUGAACAGAAGGACACAACUCAUCUGUCUAAUCAAGAGGAAAAUGAGAAUACACAAGGAGUGAUGGAAGACAGUAUGGACAAUAAAGAUAUGGAGAACUCAGCUGCUGAGAUAUGAGGACUUUACAGAUAUAUGAAGAUACAAUAUCUGCCUUUGUAGAACUCUCAAGGUCUGGUAUUUAUAAAUAUAUGUAGUUCAACAGCAAUAAGGAAGUCGUGUUUUUUUAGUAGUUUUUUUUUUUUAAUGCUAUUGGUUCUGCCGUUAGUUUUUUGUAUCGUUUGCAUGUUGAUAACAUCAAACCUAUUACAUUGCAGAAUUAAAACUGCAACUUCUCUUAUAGGACUCUGUUGUUUAACAUAAAACUCAAGUUUUAGAAAAAGGGAAGUAUAGAAUGCAAGUCACUUCUUUCUUCGUAAUUUUCUUCCGAGAGACUAGAGUUGUGCAUAAUUUUUUAAACUGUCUUCAACAGAUUACAUGCAGUUCUUCAAGCUUUCUACAGUUUUUUUUCUAUUUAAUUUAAUAUUUAGUGUCCCACACACACAUACAUACAUACACACAUUUUAAAUUUUUUUUAAUCUCCUGACAUUGAAAACUUUUGUCAAAAACAACU